AUGGCGGAAACGAAAAAUGAGGCCGUACAAGGAAUGUCGUCUGCAUUUGGCGACAUCACUAUCAAAAUUGUCUAUGAUAAUUUUAUUAUCGUGACAUUUUCGAGGAACGAAAAACGAAGAAAUGAGGUUUUGCAAACUGUUGAGCAAACGAUCGAAUCUUCAUUCGGACCUCUUAUCUCUUACUCUAACACCCAUCUGACAACGGUUAAAAGAGCAAAGGAGGCAAUGGAUUUGAUUAUGGAAAAAGUGACGGGAAAUAGUACAAAACAUUUUAUUAAUAUAAAGAGGAUGUUGUUUUAUUCUCAACAAAUUAAAGAAGUUAGGUCAAUUUUCGAUAAAAUUUGUUUCCAACUGGGCGUCUUUCUAGGAAAUAACAAGUGUCUCCUUUUAAGUCAUGGUGAUGUGGUGGCGACAUUCAAUUCAAUGGAAGGAGCAGAAAGCAUUAUAAAAAGUACAAAUGGAAAUGAUUUGAGAAAUUUGAUUUCUACUAUUGCAAACUCCUCGAAUCAUGAAUAUCAAUUUUGGUUGCGCUCGAAACAUGGCUCAAUUCCAUACUAUGUCAAUGCUUUCAAAUGCAACAUUGUAGAUAAUGUUUCACUUGUUUGUCUUGUAGAAGCAUCGGAAAAUACGUUAAUACGCUAUUUGUACUUAUUUUCGAAACAGUUAGAUCAAAUAAGAAAUAGUGAAGAUUUAAGAAGGGAUUUGAGGGAGAUUCGUAAAACUGUAUGUGAUAUUCAGUGCCUUCUUGCUAGUAUUCAAAACGAUGACAAUGCUUAUUCCACAGCUUUUAUGAAGAAUCCAUCACGAACAUCGGUUUUUCUUUGUAAUGUCUGGAAACAAAUCGAAGCGGAGGUGAAACGUAUCAAUGGAGUGGAAGAACCACGACAAGAAAAGAGUCGAGCAAACUCGAGAUUCUCGUUCAGCUCUAUUCGCAGCGCAUUCUCAACCUUCUCACUGGAUUCAGCAAUGUUUUCAUCAGUUAGCAAAGAUGGGAAGAGUAUCACAAAAAAACUGGAAGUGCUUCUAUCGCAUGCAAAGCGCCAAAUCAAUGCGAUCAUCCAAGAAUUGUGUGCAAUCAGUAUUCAAAAAUCGCGAAAGAUCACAUUGCCGUUGUUCAAUCAAUGCAUUUCAAAGAUUAUAAAACCAGCACACAUUGAGAAAAUCAACAAUCUUGGAUUAGGAAGCGAAUUGUCAGAAAGUUUUGAUUUGUAUCUUCAUCCAGCGAACUACUUUCUGGAAAUGCUUGCAUAUCGAAUUCAUUUUAGUGAGACUCAGCAAGGACUAUUGUAUAUUAAUCAAUCUGUACAAAAGGAUUUAGAAGAAAUUGUGUUCUUAAAGUCCAGUCGUUCAUUCUUGUGUGACAUUACCACGAAAUCCGGUUCUCGUUUUUCCGUUCAUCAUAUUCAUGUUCCUCAACAUUUGGUUCAAAACUCGGCGAAAAAGUUGAACGACAAUCUUGACAGCGACAUCUACAUGACCGUUGUAUACCCUCAAAUAAUCAAUAAAGCAUUAGCGGCAAAACAAUCUGAUUAUUUCCUUAAAAUCGUAAUAAACGAGCUCUCUAAGCUCUCAUAA